UAGGUUGGUGCAGUUCAGGCUGUGGGGCUGUAUGGAGCAGUCAGCUAAGCCUUGCACUAAUCUGGAUUGGGCAGAGCUCCUCCAGGGGCAAAUGGUGACCAGUAGCAAGCCUGGCUCUUUCUCCAGCAGGUUCCUGCACCAGGUGCUUCAGCUGGGCAUGGUCAGGUCCCUGCUGAAGAUACUUCAGAAAGUAUCAGUCUGGGUUGGAUUUGUGGUCCCCAUGGAGGCCGUCAUCAGCAGGAUCUGCCCUGUGCAGUCUCCCCAUAGACCCACACGGUUUGCCAAGAAGCGCCGUGGGCGCCUGACGCGUUUCCUCCUUGCCUUCAUCCCCACCAGGAUCCAGGCAGUCCUGGGCCACCUGCACACAGACUGGGGCCAGAGCAACAUAUCCAAGGAGAUCCGAGAAGCUCUGAUCAACCCGUCCAGCAAAGCAAACAAGAGGAAACGGGACGACGUGGCUCUGGAGGAGCAGGAGUCCUGGGUGGUGGUGCUGGAGAAGGACCUGCCAGAGGAUGACCCAGAGGACCUCUCAUAUGAGCCCUCAGAGGUGGAUACAGACACUGAGGAGUACAAGUCCCAGAACAGUACAGAGACAGACCUGGAGUUUGAAGAGCAUGAGGGAGCCAUUAUGUUGAAGGAAUCAUUGGAUCUCCAGUUGAAUAAUGCCCAACCCGAUGGGGAUAACCCUGAGCCCUUGGCCACGAGCUCAGAGCAGGGACAGGAGGACCCAGCUGCAUCCAGCAGUGCAGAAGAUGCUUCAAAUGAUGACAGUGGUGAUAGUGACACUCAGACGCCCCAAGAUGUGAGCAGCAGGGAUAGCAGCGAGCAAGAGGCUGAUGUGGAACAUGAGAGCAGCAGUUCCUCGCAGAGUGGGGGUCAGCAGGAGCCCUGAUCCAUGGCCCUGAACUCUACUCUGGCUGUGACAUGCCUGCUUCUCUCUACCUAUACUGUAGUGUAAGCUGCCCAUUUAAUGACGUUUGUUUGUUUUUUGAACUUCAUAAUAAAGUUACCCUAUUUUUUCACGUGAUUUGGGAUGCAGUUGGC